UGCAGUGACGUUUGGAGGUCGGACUUCUGGAUUCUCCAACUGAUUCUGACACUGAAAGUCACUGAUUCACUCCUUUUCCUAACAAACUACAAGCUCAAACAAAACCUUACCGACGACAAGGAUUCCAAACACAUUGAAAGAACCCUGGUAUGAUGAGUGAGUUUAUUAAGAAGUUCAAACAAUUUGUCAUGUUCAGAGUGUUCCAGUACAUCUGAACCAAGCAGUAAGUCUUGAUUAAACAUUGACACAGCUAGAGAUGAUAAACCCCAAAAAACCAAACAGCACUUCUGAAUCAGGCAGCAAGUCUUCACUCAAUGAAGAUGAUAAACCCACUGAACACCAUCAGAACCCUGGUAUGAUCAGUGGGUUAAUUCAGAUGUUCAACCCCUUUAAGUCAUCCGCAAAGUGUUCCAGUACAUCUGAAUCAGGCAGUAAGUCUUCUCUCACUGACAGCAAUGGAAAUGAUAAAGCCACUGAACACAAACAAAAUCCUGGUAUGAUCAGUGGGUUAAUUCAGAUGGUCAACCCGUUUAAGUCAUCUUCAAAGAGCUGCAAUGAUCUAAUUUCCUCACAAAACACAGACGAAAACAAUCAGGAAGAAAUGUUAGCAUCCAGCCCAUCCACUGAACCCGGGUCUACCACGAUGCUCGGGUUUGAAUGGGAUCAUUUUAAGACGGACUCCAUAGGGAAUCCCACUGUGACAGAAAUGGCGACGAAUAGUGAAGCUCUUCAGGAGGAUGAUGAUGAUGAAGAUUUAUUGGAAUGGUGGAAAAAUGUGAAAGGUUGGGAUGAAUGGAACGAGACAACAAAUUUUGAAGGAGAUGAUUCAGAGACAGCCAUAGAAUCAACUGCAGAUCGUGUCUAUAAGGCUGCCCGCCUCUUCGUGUAUUUAUUCAAACAGCGAGAGGCAUCACUGUAUAUGCGAGUCACUGAGUUGCUGGAAGUUGCUGAUGCAGCAGACAGCUUCCAUAAGAAGACUGUGACAGCUAGCAUCGGAGGAGGAGUGGCCAGCGUAGCCGGGAGCAUCACCACUAUUACAGGACUGGCACUGGCACCUUUCACUUUUGGUUCAUCACUUAUUGUAACAGCGGUGGGCAUCGGCGUUGCAACAGCAGGUGGCCUUACAUCUGCCUCCGCCAACAUUACAGACACAAUGCACUCGAGGACAGACCGGACCAGAGUGGAGCAGAUCAUCCUCAGCUACCAAGAGGAGAUAAAGGACAUUAGAGAAUGCUUACAGUUCUUGCAGACAGGUAUGGAGACUCUGGAAGAGUACAACUUCCAGCAGUACAUGGACAGCAUCUCCAAGCGUGCAAUGAAUAGGAAUGUAAAGCAUGUAAUGAAGGAGGGCGGCCGUGCUGGCAAGGCAUUAUUUAUCAAUGCUGAGAGCCUGGCGAGCACUGUACAAGUGCUUAGCACUGCCGGUGGGGUUGCCAAAGCUACUCAGGUCCUCAGCAUAGCCAGCGGGGUUAUGUCUGGCCUCUUUCUGGCCCUUGAUGUUUUCUUUUUAGCCAGAGACUCUAGGGAGCUGCACAAAGGGGCCAAGACAAAGUUUGCAGCUAAGAUUAGGGACGUGUGCAAGGAGCUGUUGGACGGCCUUGUUGAGCUGAAGAAGAUUAAAAAUCAACUGCAGAAAAUCAUGACUGAUGCGGAGGAGGAGGAGGAGGAGGAGGAGGGAGAAGAUGAGGAAGAAUAUGAAGAAAAAGAGGAGUGUAAGAAACCCAGUGAGCACAGAGGUGAAAAAGAUAAUGUGAAUAAAGGACAGUCUAGCAAUUAUGAUUCUUCCUAGCAUUGGGAGGAAGAGAGGAUAAGAGAGGAAGAGAGGAAGAAGAUAUGGAAUAAGAGAUAAGGGCUGGAAGAGAGGAAGAAGAUAUGAUAAGAGAGGAAGAAGAUAUGGAAAACUAUAAAGCACAGAGAACAACACUGAAGAUAUAAACUAUAUUAUAUUUUAAAUAAACUUUAUAAAUUAAGGAUGUUAGUAUUUAAAAUAUUAAAGCACUGUUAUUUAAUAAAAGAUUAAGUGCCAUCUACUUAGAAGCAUAUUCUGGUUGUAUUUUAGGUAAUAUACCUAUUUAUAUAUAUAAAUUGUAUAAUAAUUUGGGGGAUCCCUGGCAUCUUUU